GGAAAGCGCCUCUAAGGAGGGUGGUACCGGGACCUACUACCUCCCUAGUCGUCCCAAUCAUGUUAUCUUCAGAUUCUCUAGUAGUGAUGAUGACUGGAGGAAGAAGUAUUUUUACGUUAAAGUUGAUCCUUCGACGGUUCCUGUGGGUCGGAACCUUAGGGUCACUUGGACUAAUCCAUCUGGUUAGGAAUUCUAGGGAUAUGCUUUUUCCGUUUUAUUCAUUUAUGGCCGAGUAACCUUUUUGCUCUGAUUUACUUGCAGAAAUCGAAGAUCCUCCGAAGCUCUCUACCAAGCUCACCAGGGCUCUAUACCGCAAGUUGCAGCAGAGUCCCUGUACCUGGGUAGCCUACACCACUUCUCGAAUAAGUGCAGCCAGAUUCCCAGAUACCUACAACGCCUCUUUCCAAGAUCCCAUUCCUGCUGAGAACCUUGAGAGUAAGUUCUUGUUCGAACCUUUUUAAUGAUUUUAUCGCUUUGAAGUUUUUAAACUUAAGGAUUUCCAUUGUUCCAGUUUCGGCAGGCGAUUCAGUUGUAUCGAUCUCAACUGGUGCUAGUGCUUCGGGAACUGAAAAGUCUCAGCCAGGUGACAUGACUCUGCGACCAUCAUUCCGUUCUAGGGGUAACCCCUCUAAAGCUGCCAGUGCUUCUCGUGGAAGCGACAGGAACCAAGGAGGAUCGUUCCUUAUCUCAAUGAAGGAAGUUUUGGACGACGGAGGAUCCAAACCUGUUGUCGAGACUACUCCAACUGAGGUUGUAGCUCAGGAUGCUGCUCCUCUCCCUGAGGUCCAGGUGCCGGAGGCUGACUACCAGGCUCCGAAGGGUACCUCUGAGGUCGAGCCGUCGAGACACAAGAGGCCCAGGACCGAUCAGGGCGGAGCUCCCACCCGUUCUUCUUCCUCGUCCUCUAGAGGAGGGACUGUUGGGUGGAGCUUUACCCAUUCGAAGCCUGGGUCGAUCCUGGACGACUCUUGGGGCCUAGCUGCGAUAAUGAGGCACCUGAAGAGCGUGGGAUGUCCCCUUCCAGCGCUCAAGGACCUGACUAACCGAGAUGAGUAUCUCGAUAUUGCCCACUGUAUGGGUCAGUUGGCUGGGGCUGUUAACAGGGCCCAGCUCAGGUUUGAGAAUGCUCUGUGUGCUGCCCCCAAUGCUGGUGAACUUGCUGAGGUUACCGAGAUGGUUAAGGCAGCCAAAGCCGAUCUUGACCAAGCCCGGGUUCGAAUUUCUGAACUCGAAGCCGAAGUGACGAGGCUAGGCUCGAAGGCCGAUGCUCAGCAAGGAGAGAUCGAGAGUCAAAAGCUCGAUAUCCAGGUGAAGAGCAGGAGGAUCAAUGAUUUGGAGGCUGCUCGAAAGAUAGCUGAGCAUCAAGUACGUGAGCUCAUUGCCUCAUCCCAGGAUAGCCAGAAGAACAAGGAAGCUGAAGUCAAGCUGGCUGUCAGGGAAGGGAAGAAAGAAGUCGCCGAAGCUUACGGCAAGAUCCUGGUCUGUGUUAAGGAGAAGUUUGCUAGGAAGAAAGAUGAGGUCAACGCCUUGGUGUACGCUCAGGAGCUCCAAGCUAAUGCCGACCUCUUGAAGGAUAUGCUGAACAACAAGAUCCAAAGCGUUGAAGAGGAGUACAACCAAUUGGUGGCCUUAUUACCAGAAGCGACAACUGCGUAUGAGAAGGCUCAAGUCUCUGACUUCUCGGUCAGCAAGCUUCCUCUUCCCCAGAUCUCGGAGAGUUCAGCUCCAGUCGAGGCAGCAAUAGGAGGUGAUGGCAAUGUGGUCGAUGAGGGAGUUCCUGCCGGUGCUGGUGAUCCGAUUCAGGAAGAGAAGGAAGAUUGAGAGCUACGGCUCUUUUAGCUUUAUGUUUUGUGUUUUUAAGACUUCGGCCUAAGGGCUUUGUUUCGUUAUGCAUUAUGACUUAGUGCCUGAGGAGGCCUUUAAACCUUAACACUUGCUGGAUUUCAAUAGCCUGGGGAGGCUUUUAAACCCUUUCUUAUGUUUAAAUCGUGGCUAUUAUUUCUGUUUUAA